GGCUUUUCCAUUCCGUUUUCGAACGUAAGAGAGUGUGGACGUAUCGCUCGUUAUCUUGAUUCUCACGUUUCGUUCGCGUUUUGACAGUUACGGAAGUCUUUAUGUGAUCGUAUAUUAUUGUUUUGAUUGUUAUCAAUUAUUCAGCGGCCGAUAAAUGUAAAUUGUUAACAGAAGAACUAUUGUGUAAUCAAAACAAAUACUAAAUAAAGUUUGUUGGAUGCAUAUACACGUGAAAUUAUAACCCACUUCUAGGGAAAACGGCAGUGCAAAGUGAAAGUUUAAAAGCUGUGAAUAGCAUUUUUGGACAAAGCUAUCUGGGACACAUUUUUGGGACUGUUUUUCCUGAGGCGUGUAAAUAAUUGCAAAAGUUCUCGGCCGCUCAGGGUACGAGCAACUGGGUGACCCGAAAAGUGAUAAUAAAAAUAAACGAUUAACCGCGAGAUUUACGUAAUUCUUUGAAGCUGGAUCUUAUGAUGAUUAAUGACGCGUGCGACUCGAGGAUGCGAUUCGGCAGGCGUUGAAAAUUGUUGAUUCGAAGUUUUUUCUGGCUUUAUGAGGGAAAGACGGUCGUUACCGAUAAGCAGCGAAGUGGCGCUGAAAAGUGAAAAAGAUGGUGGUGGUAGAGGAUUGGUAGUGAAUACAGUUUUGUGUGGUGUUGUUGAUGAAUUUUCAAACGGGAGGACCGGGCGUAGGGGUUCCUGGGUGCGACAGGCAGUCAUGGGGGUACUUAGGUGGAAAGAUUUGACGGGAGUCAGGUCCAGUACUCCUACUGAACAGAAAGAGGUGUCGCGUCCUGUACAUAACCGGCCUGCGUCAGUGGGCGCGACGGGGGAUGUCACACAAGACAUAUACGACGGGCAGGUGACGGCGAACCAAGGCGCCCCUUCGUCACCGAACACGAAUGUACUGACGAGAAGAGGCGAAGGCGCUUGUCAGGCCAGCCAGCGGCUCCUUCAGGAGAUAUUGGCUAAACCUGGUACUCUCCCCACGGUAGUCCUGCCACAAAGAGGCGGUUAUUGGGCGGAUGGAAUCGACGAGAAUCCCUCAGAGGAAGACAACGAGCCCCGACCACAGCCCAGCACCCCUCGCCCGCUCUCAAGAAAACAUAAUAUAGACACUGAUGAGACCGCCAAGUAUUACAGGCGGUUCUUUUUAGGAAAUGAACACAUUAACUUGGUCGGCUUCGACCCAAACCUGGGCCCAGUGGUGAUGUCUCUAAAGAAUGAACAUAUGGCUGGCCAAGACCACACUAGGAUACUGUUGAGGUUACACACGGAAACCAUGCACGGACUUAUACCUGUUACAAAUCCCGGCACCACGCAAUCACCUCUGAAAAUGGCUAAAAUGCUGAACGAGCAAAUCAACGUGAACAACUUCACGGCCGUGAUGUGUCUUAACGCGUCUUCCCUCAUCGCAGCGUACGACGAACACGUUCUUGUUAACACUUUCAAGUUUGGAGUGCUUUACCAGAAGUAUGGACAGACUACUGAGGAGGAACUAUUCGGGAACAACGAAACGUCGCCAGUUUUCAACGAGUUCCUUGAAAUGCUGGGCCAGAAAAUCCAGCUGAGAGAUCACAAAGGUUAUAGAGGAGGUCUCGACAUAAUGAACGGUCACACCGGGUCGGAAGCUGUAUACGAACGCUUCUACGACCGCGAGAUCAUGUUCCACGUUGCUCCACUGUUGCCGCACACCGCUGGCGACGCGCAACAGUUGCAGAGGAAGCGACAUGUUGGCAACGAUAUUGUCGCUAUCGUGUUUCAGGAGAGAGCAACACCAUUCACACCAGAUAUGAUUGCUUCUCACUUCCUGCACGCUUUUAUAGUAGUUACGCCUGUUGAAAGCGCUGAAGGGGAGACCAGGUACAAAGUGGCCGUCACAGCACGUAGGGACGUUCCAUUCUUCGGGCCGACUCUCCCGCAGCCGCCGAUAUUCCGUAAGGGGCGCGAGUUCAAAGACUUCCUCCUUACCAAGUUGAUAAACGCCGAGAACGCGUGCUACAAAGCGGAGAAAUUCGCCGAGUUGAAGGCGAGGACGCGCACGUCGCUGCUGCAGACAUUGGCUGAGAAGUUAAAGAAGAAAACCGUCGAGUUCCUUGGUACGGGGGCGAGGUGCGAGGCGGGCGCCGUGUCGCCGCAGCCCGAGGGCACUCCCAAGCAAGAGGGACCAGGCGCAAAGUUUAUAGGCACGGUCAAGAAAGCGAUUAUCUCGAAAGUCAGAUCACCAAGUGUAGACACGAAUCUUUCAAAUGAUAGUAAGAAUGCCGCCAAUAAGAAAAUCACACCACAUGAGACACCCACGCCAAAUAGCGGCCGAUCCAAAACCUCGGUUCCCUCGUCAUCAGCGAGCGCGGUGUCAGUCCGCUCGGCGGGCGGCUCCGCGGGCUCGGGCGACUCCAGCCCCGACGUGACGUCACGAGCUGCAAACCCACGCGCACCCCUGCAUGACCACAGUGACGACUCUAGCUUGAACUCUGUCGAUCUUGAUCCUUUGGGUGCCGUAUAUGUGGACAGUGACACAGGGCUAGAAUCAAUGUCCUCUGCCGAAGUGGGAGCAGCGAACAAUCGCGAACAGGUUUUGCCGCCAAAAGAUGCCGAACAAUUGCGACAAGAGGUCUGCCGCCUGAAAAAUGAUAAACUUGAUCUCUUGAAACAAAAUAUUAACUGGCAAAACGAGAUAAAGUGCUUACGAGAAAAAGUCAUAACAUUGCAGGCUGAACUAGCAGCCGCCGCCAAAGAUAGAAGACUUCGAGAACAGUCCACCACCAUCAUACCCAACCCUUCCACUCAUGACUCCACAGCUUAGAUUAUAAGCAUAGGAAUCUAAAUAUUAUCAUCUACGCUAUUAAGUCGAUCUUCGCAUGCAUAAUGCUAUUGAUCAAGUAAUGAUUCUUAUAAAUACGAAUUUCCAUUAGUAAUCUCAAAAGAAGAUUUGAUUUGAUUGUUGAUUACAUUGGUACAAAUAGUAAAAUGUUUAAAUGUCUGCGCAUAAAAUUUCUCGCGCCAAGCUGGCCUAAUAUGAUAGUAAAAUAGUGCAAUAUUUCUAUAUUAUACUAUAACUAGCAAAUUAUAUGUAUCACAAUAUUAUUCUUACAUAACAUUCGACAAAUAUUUUUCAAAUAUUUAAAUUUAUUUGCCAAUAUUGGCAAGGCUAUGUACAUAGCGCAAAAUACGAAUUUCUAUAAAGAUAUUGAAAAAGAAACCUUUUUAUACGUUGAUUCUACAAAUAUCUAUGCUUUUUAAAUAUGGUAAAUUUUCGAAAUUUCUUUAAUCUUUUAAAAGAAAAUCCUUAUGUGAACGUUUAUUAUACGAAUGAUUAGAAAAACACGAAUUUCAUACGUAUUUAUUGUUUUAUUAAUUCUUUCAGCUUAGAUAUAUAAGCUUAAAGAUCAAAAAGCUUUCAAUGUUUAGAAAAAUGGCAAAAUUUUCACGUUUACUAUUUUAACUUGUUGAAAUACGUAAUCUGUAGCUGAUAUUUUAUAAUUCUGUAAACCAGCAAUUAUUGUGUGCAUUAAAUUUUGAACUCGCUUUUUGUACUAGAAGUACACUAAAUAAUUUUAUUAGAAACCGUAGAAUAAAUGUAAUUUAUUCGUUUAUUAACAUAUAGUAGUCAAUGUUUGGACAAAAUGGUACCUACGAAAGCCUUCACUUUGUAGCCUAUAAAUUAUGGGUUCGUUAGAAUCACGUUAUUAUUAUAUAGAAUCAAUAGAUCAUAUAGUAUAUUUAAAAUAAGAGUUUUCUAUUUUUUAGUAAAUCCCAGUAUGUAUUUCCAUAUUUAUCGUAUUUUUUUACAUUUGUAUAACUUUUGUUAUUAAUUACGUGCAAUUUACGUGUUCUUUCUAGCAUUAGCAUUGAAGAGGUAUUUUUGUCUUGAUAAGAAUUAAUAUUGAUUUUAUUUCUGUACAAAUUAUCAUUUUUCUAUAGCACGCCUCUGGUCCAAUAGAUGUCGUUUAAAAAUAUGAGAUAUAUAUUUUAAUAAAACAAUUCUCUAAGUAAAAUAUUACUAAUCUAUCUCAAAUUCCAAACGUAUUUGAACCAUAGUCGUGAUAUAGAAAUACUAAAGACCAUAUCUUACUUUAUCUUUUUCUACUGAGCUUGUAACUAAAUCACCCAGUUUCCCAGCUGGUUUUGUAAAUAUAUUUUAACUGGUCUAAGACUAUACUAAUUAAUCAGUAUUUCUUAAUUUAUGCUUGACAUUAAGUGUCGUUUCGAAUGUCUUUGAGUUUGAUUAUGUUUUGUUGUUUAUAAUUAAUAUUUUAUACCAAAGUUAACAUUCCCAACUACAUAGCAUAGAGUUCCGUAGCACUUAAAAUAAUAGAGAUGAAUCAGUAUUCUUAAAGGUUAUAGUUGAGCACGUAACGUAAGUCUUAAGUUUACAUUUAGUUUUAUUAUUAAAUGUAAUCCUUUGGAUUUCUGUUCGACUGUUGAUUAUGAUUAUAAGUUGAUUAAGAGCUAACUGUUGAUUCUUCUCUUAGACUUAAACCAAAUAUUUCGAGCGCGGAGCGUAAGAGAGUAUAGUUAUAAUUAUAA